AUGGGCGGACGAGCGAUCGCGACCGUCGUCGUGGCGAUCGGUACACUUCUCGCGCGGGCGUUGACGCGAUCGAGGACGCGAAAGGGGGCGACGGCGCGCGCGGGACGACGCAGGAGGGGGCGAGACGCGGGCGCGGAUGAUGAGCUCGGGGCGUUCGUCGAGAGCGAACGGGACGCGACGAUGGACGGGCGCGAGAGCGGGCCGCUGCGAGGGAUGAAGUUCGCGGUGAAGGAUAUAUUCGAUGUGCGAGGACGGAGGUGUGGAUUCGGGAGUCCGGCGUUCGAGGCGACCGCGGGCGAGACGCCGAAACGAAACGCCGAGUGCGUGGACGACGUGCUGAACGCGGGCGCGAGCGCGAUCGGAAUGACGACCAUGGAUGAGCUCGCGUACGCGGUGAACGGAGAGAAUCCACAUUACAGGACACCGAUAAACCCGAGAGCGCGUAAUCUGAUCCCGGGAGGGUCGUCGUCGGGAUCCGCGGUGGCGUGCGCGGGCGCGCUUCGCGGGUGCGACUUCGCGUUGGGCACGGAUACCGGGGGAUCGGUGCGCAUUCCGGCGUCUUACUGCGGCGUUUUUGGGAUUCGUACGAGUCAUGGAUUGGUGUCGAUGCGAGGUGUGCAGGCCUUGGCGCCGAGUUUCGACACCGUCGGCUGGUUCGCCCGAUCCAUCGACGUGUUGCGGCGCGUGGGAGACGUCCUCCUGCCGUCGGCGGAUGAGCACGCGCCGACAAAGCCGAGCGCCUGGUACUUGCUCGAAGACUCGGUGAGCGAUAAGCGAAGUUCACCGCACGCGCAGUGCGCCGCGGUGGCCGCCGUCGCGGCGCUCAAUGAGAUCGAUCGUGGGAAAUUCAGGCGCAUGAAUCUCACCGAACACUUGCUCGUCGGUUGUCCGAAAUUUCAAGCUCUGGUCGGCAGACGCGAAGACUGCGGGCUGGAUUGCCUCAGAGAGGUGCUUCGAGUGACCAUGGGGGCGGAGAUUUGGGAGAACUUAGGGCCCUGGUACAAGAAAGAACAGCCCGUACUCGAUCCCGCCGUUGAAGGUAGGUUGGAGGCGGCGGCAAAGUUGAGUCCCACGCAAGUUGAGCUGUUCAAGGAGAUUCGCGAGGAAGUUCGAGAGACCAUGGAUCGCCUGUUGGACAACGGGGUGGUUUUAGUGCUUCCGACGACGCCGGGUAAGGCUCCUGAGCGUGGAUUGGGCGAGAAGGCGACGGAGGAAUGGCGAAAGAAGUGCUUUGAGCUGACAUGCAUUGCUAGCUUGUGCGGCUUACCUCAGGUAUCGAUUCCUCUCAUAGCACCAAACGUGGAGGGACCGCAGGGCCUGUCACUGAUUGGUGGAUACCAAACGGAUAGAAUGUUGAUGGAUGCCGCGCGCGAUCUCGUGGUCGAGCUAGUGGACGCGUAUCCGGAUAUUUUAGAAGCUGAGCUCUUGCGUUUGAAUCCUCCUCGGGAACCCGGAGACGCGGAGAAGGCAAAAGGGAACGAGGCGCUCAAGAAAGGCAAGUAUCAGGACGCGAUCGAGUACUACGGCGUCGCGAUUGGCAAGAACCCGAAAAACCCCGUUUACGUGGCGAACAGAGCUAUGGCGCAUCUGAAGCUCGGAAAUUACGAGCUCUGUGAGGAUGACUGCACGACAGCCAUCAAGCUUGACCGCAAAUACACCAAGGCGUACCUGCGGAGAGCCACCGCGAGAUCAGUUGGGGGCAACUACCUCGAGGCAUUGAUGGAUUUCGAAGAAGCGCUCAGACUCGAGCCGAAUAACUCGGACGCGAAGAGAGAAGUGAACAGGAUGAAGAAAAUCAUAGGAAUGGCGGAUCCCGGCAUGGACGUGGGAAAGUUGUAG